CGACCGCAUCUCGAACCUCGAAAAUCCAAACCACCACGAACCCUCAACGUCAGAUCGCAAUCAUGUCUGACAGCGGAGAAGUCGAAGUCGAGGCCGUCCAGGGCUACCAGGUUCUGCCAAAGGAGGUCACUGAGGAGAUUGGAAGCAUCAAGCUUUUCAACAAGUGGAGCUACGAGGAUGUCGAGAUCCGUGACAUCUCCUUGACCGACUACAUCCAGAUCCGCGCCCCAGUCUACAUCUCCCACACUGCCGGCCGAUAUGCCCAAAAGCGAUUCCGAAAGGCACAAUGCCCAAUCAUUGAGCGUCUCACCAACUCGCUCAUGAUGAACGGUCGCAACAACGGAAAGAAGCUCAUGGCGGUCCGCAUUGUUGACCACGCCUUCGAGAUCAUCCACAUCAUGACCGACCAAAACCCCAUCCAAGUCGCCGUCGACGCCAUCGUCAACUGUGGCCCACGUGAAGAUUCCACCCGUAUCGGUAGCGCCGGUACCGUCCGUCGUCAAGCCGUCGAUGUCUCCCCUCUCCGCCGUGUCAACCAAGCCAUUGCCCUCCUCACCAUUGGCGCGCGUGAAGCCGCCUUCCGAAACGUGAAGUCUGUUGCUGAGUGUCUGGCGGAAGAGCUGAUCAACGCGGCGAAGGGAAGCUCCAACUCAUACGCCAUCAAGAAGAAGGACGAGCUGGAGCGUGUGAUGAGGAUCGAAUGCUAGGCUAUGACAAUCAAUCAAACAUUGAGAUUGCACGACACAUGGUUCCUCUGAGUGUGAUGUCUGUCUGAACGGGUGCGGAGCUGAUCACGGCAUACCGAUAUACAACAACCUCCUCUCCCCCCUUAACCACUAAAUGUCCAUCCGUCAAUCCAUUAGAUAGCAAUCACUAUGUUAUAAAGAUCAUACAUUACCAACCAUCCCCACCCCACCCCUUCACCAUCUCAUACAUCCACUGUACUCUACUUCCUGC